AUGAGCGGAGUAGAGCUCGCUGGCCUGGUUCUGGCCGUCCUUCCCCUUGUCAUCUCCGCUCUUGAGGACUACAAUGACGGCCUGGACCCGGUAAAGGCCUUCGUCAAGUGGGAAAACUACCUGCCCCAGUACAUACGAAAGCUUCGGAACCAGCAUGUGCACUACGAGCAAACCUUGCGCCUGCUGCUUGCUCCCAUCACCACCGAGUACGAACUGGCCGAGAUGAUCGCGGAUCCCCAGGGAGACCUGUGGAAAGACCCCGCCAUGGCCAAAAGGCUCAAGUACAAGCUGGACGAAUCAUACGAUGCCUAUCACCAAACCAUCAAAGACAUCGAGAGGAUCAUGACAGCCAUUGCCGAGAAGCUGGACCUCGAACGCGCCUCAAGCGUUUCCCGGAAUGACCUGGAGGCCAUGCUGCUUGCCAACGGCCAGCCGAAACCCACCCAGAAGUUUGAGUUCAAGAAGCGCGUCAGAUUCUCCAUGAACAAGAAGAAGGUCAAGAGGUUGCUGGAAGAGUUGGACGAGUGCAACAAGGAGCUGGAACGCUUUACCGAGAAGUCGGAGAAGCUGGAACCUUACCGGAAAAGCUCAAAACCCUCAAUCGCACUGCGGCUGCAGAAGAUACAGGCAUACGCGCGAGUAUUACACAAUACCCUGGUGGAUGCUUUCAGCUGCUCCUGCAAAGCUUCGCACUGCGCCAACCUACACCUCGAGAACCGAGACCUUCAUUCUCAGGCUGGUGGCCGGAGACCGGUGGAUGAACCAGGGACCAUCUUCACUGUGUCAUUCAUGGGCAACUCCGGCUCCUGGGUGCUUCGAGAAACGCAGAUCUGUUGUUCGGAAGAGGACGAUGACCUCUCCACCAAAAUGAGUGGUCUUCACGUGCAUCGUCCGAGACGAAGCGUCAGUUUUUCACCAGCCACACCACCGCCUCCUCCAAAGCCAUCACACUCUCCUCUGCGGACCAAAAGCGAAAGCUCUCAUUUCAAAGAAGUGAAAGAUCUCUGUCAUGAGAUGCAAAGUUUUGAAGGUGAAGGGAAGGCUCGCAUUGGUUUCUCCAUGGAGAACGGUAGGCUCCGUGGUGCUUACCCUGUUCCCCUCAACAGCCUUCGAUAUUCGCGCAAGGCAGAGACAGUCACUUUGGAAGAUAUUUUGAAGGAUGGUGCGAAGGUGCGAUUGAGCAAGAAGGACCGGUAUAGCCUCGCUGUCACGGUCGCUUCUUCCAUCCUCCAGUUGCAUGCUUCGCCAUGGAUCGGUGAUGAUUGGAGCAAACGAGACAUCCUGUUUUACCACACGGCAUCCUCACACCGCUCCAUCGACGUUGAGAACCCACACGUCAGCCAGAAACUCAUGCCACUUCCGGGUAGUGUCAAGCCGAUAGGAUUCAGUAGCAAGAACACUACCUUGCUAGCGCUCGGCAUUAUACUUCUAGAACUCUACUUCGGCAAGCCUUGCGAGCAGCAGAUGCCAGAGAAUUUGAAUAUGGGGCCGAACAAGUCUCUAGCACUCCUCUGCACUGCCCAUCACUGGUACGAGACAGAUCAGGAGGAUCUGUCUGCAGCCUUCCAAGGUGCAAUUGCGCAUUGCCUGAGGUGCUUUGCAGACCCGAGCGGCAGCCUUCAAGAUUCGGAGUUUUUGCAGGCGGCUAUGGAGCAGAUCGUGUUGCCAUUGCAAGAUGAACUCUAUCAAUUUCUGGGCACAAAAUGA